GGACUGGCGGAAGUGGCGCUUGCCUCAUUUCCGGUGAGGUGUGCGAGCGGAGGGGGAGCACGGGACGGUGGACGGUAGGGAUGGCGGUGUGGCUGCCGCGCUGCCGGGACAGCGGCUCGCCGUCGGAGGAGGACAAGGAGCGGGGGCUGGCUCCCGCCUCCUGCCAGCGCCUGCCGGAAGUGCAGCCAUACAGCCAAGCGAUCGAAUUGGCCUGCCAAAAAGAAAAAGAGUUUGUGAAGCACUCUGUAGAAUGCACUUGGAACCUAGCAGAAGCCCAGCAAAAACUUGGUAGCUUAGUACUGCAUAAUUCAGAAUCCUGGGAUCAGGAGUGUGCUCAAGCAAAGACUGAAGCUGCAGAAUUGAGAUGGAGAGAGGAAGAGUGGAGAAGAAAAGAAGAAGCACUAAACCAGAGGGAAAACCAGCAUCUAUGGAACACAGAUCCUGUUAGUAAGGAGGUAUUUAAUAAGAGUUUUAUUAAUCAAAUAAGAAAAUCGGAAGAUGAAGAUGUGUCUGAAACACUUAUGCAAAAACAUGAACAAAAGAUCAGACACUUUGGUAUGCUGAGCAGAUGGGAUGAUAGUCAAAGAUUUUUGUCUGAUCACCCGUAUCUUGUAUGUGAAGAAACAUCUAGGUAUCUUAUGUUGUGGUGUUUUCAUCUAGAAGCUGAACAGAAAAGAGCUCUGAUGGAGCAAGUAGCACACCAAGCAGUUGUAAUGCAGUUUAUUAUAGAAAUUGCCAGAAGCUGUAAUGUGGAUCCAAGAGGUUGUUUUCGUCUCUUUUUCCAAAAUGCCAAAACAGGAGAAGGCUAUUUUGAGGCUUUUAAAAAUGAACUUGAAGCAUUCAAGACAAGAGUGAGAAUAUGGUCACAAUCACAUGGCUUUCAAACUAUGUUAGUACACGAUCUCAGUGUCAAUCCUGGUCUGGUAGGACAGCUGACAUCUUUUCCACAGAACACAGGUGAUCUGCAAGGUUCCAUAGACACAGAUGUCUGCAGUUUAAACUCUGUGAUACAAAGAGAUGAAGAAGAAUCCAAAAUGAUGGACACAGUAUAGUAAUCAUAAGACUGAGGCCAAGUACUCUUUCCCCCACCCCUUUUUUUCUUACUUUCCCCCCAAAGAAACAAACAUGGCUAUUUUCUUGACAUUUAUUUUUCUGGGUACUGCACUUUAUUUUUGGUGUCAGAUUUUUGUUGUUGUUUAGUUUGGUUUUAGGGGGGAUGGAGUUUUGAAGGGUGGGUAAUUCAGAAAAACUUGUAAUAUUGUUUGAAAAUGUGCUGCUAGGUUUUUGGUUGUCCUUGAAGAGCAUAUUGCCGAAUGUGAAACCGGAUGCAUUUUCUGCUACUAACCUUGCCUUUAUUAAUUUAGAAAUUGAAGUAUGAAAAAAAAAAUCUGCACAAAUACAAUGUUUACAAGAAGCAGUAGAUUCUUGGUAGAAUCUGCUAUUGUCUUACUACAGAUGUGGACAUGUUUUACUCUAUGAAUAUUGGAGAUCAGAACUGUAUUCAUGCUACCUUGCUGAUGUUAUAAGCUCUCAAAUUUGGUUAUCAGUAAUAGCAAUAAAUCAAUAUCUGGUAUCAGUAUUUCAGAUCUGAAUGGAUUAGAUUAAAACACUGGCCUUCUACCUCCACUAAGGGGAUUUAAAUGUUACAUUGUGCUUUUAUUAAAUGUAACUUUGUUUUGUCCUAAAAUGUAAGCAAUGCAUGUCUAUAAGUGCUAACUUCAGGUUUUUUAAAUCAAGUCUCAUUAUGAUGAGAAGUAUUUGAUGGAGGGGAUCGACAAAACUUGAGGUACUAGGAUUAGGCUAAGAUUUCAGUUUAUACAAAAAGCUUUGUCACAGUUCAUAUAGGGUAAGAUCUCAUGUAGGGUGUGAAAGAUCAUUUCAUAUCCUACUAAAGUGGGUUUCUAACAUUGCCGGCUCAAAACUAUUAAAGUGGAAAAUUAUUAAGAAAUCUUCAUAAUGAUAAAAACACUAUUUCUAGACAAAACCACUGUUUCUAGACAAGGCCUUCCACAGAACCUCUGCAAUCCAAAAUUCUACUUUGCUUUUCUAACUUUCUGCAAUUACAGCAGUUCUGUCUAUAAAAACAUACUGCAGUUGAAAGACUUCAGUGGAAGACAUCAUGUAUCUCAAAUAAAGGUAUCGGCACGCACUCUCGGUCCUUUACUGCAUUGUUCUGAUUAUAUGUAAGGUCUGGAAGGUAUCUAGAUUUCAAUAGUUUGAUGAGCACAGUCUACCUGUAGUUGAUAAUUCAGGCAAAAGCUGUGCUGAGAUCCAGUAAUUUUCAGCUUUGGCUACAGAAAAGACAAGGAAAAGUCUCAGUCUGCAGUACAUACUGGAGUGAGUAUUCAUACAAAAGCAGUAGCAAAAGUAAGAACUCCAGAUCCACUGGCAGAAGUAGUUUCUCAUGUGCCUUGUGCUCUCUAACAGCUCUCUUGCAGACAGAGGAUAAAGGAACAGGCAGCAGCUCUGUCCCAAAUGCAAAUUAGAGAUAACCAGUUUCAGUAGUAAAUUUUUUAGGUUUGACAGAUACUCCAGAAAGUAAACACCACCUCCUCCUUAAUAAUUAGUUAAUUAUUAAGGGAAACUAAUGAUAACUUCAGGUUGUUUUUAACUGAAUGUCAUAUAUAAAGGUAGUAAGGGCAGUGUAGCACAGUGACUUGCAAUUGCUGCCAUUAGUAGUAAAGCCAUACUGAUCCAGCAACCUGUAAUAGACUAGAAGUUAUUUUUAAAGUUUCUAAGGGGGUAAAAUUGGAUGGUCUGGGAAUAAGUGUCAAAGCAUAAGGAGGUUCCCCCACUGCCUUCUCCUCCCAGCUAAUUGAAACUUACGUAGGCUGGCAAAAAAACAAGCAUAGCUGCUUUUUAUUUAAAUAAAAAUGCAUAAAUAGAGGUAAGCAGUGUAUAAGGGUUUCUCCUUGUAAUGUGAUAGCUACUGUUCUCCAUGACUUAUCCAAGGAAGUGAUAUCUUAAACUCGCUUAGUCUACAGCAUCCAUAUAGACAUUUAUGAAGAUGAAAGUGCAACUGGUCAGUCUUUUGGCAAACUUUCUCUAAAAUAUGAAGAAAACAGCUUGCAGUGAUAGCUGAAGCCAAUUUAUGCACUUACAGUAAUGAGAAAGCUUUAUAAAUUCUACAAUGACCACCUUUUUUAGACUCAAAUGUGUCUCGACGUUGAUAACACAGACUACUAAUGUAGUUUGGAUUUGCAAAUGUAGUCUGUUCAGGGUAUGUCAGCACCACAGCUUUGUACUUGUCUCCAAACAAUCACUGCAAAAGGAGAUUGGGACCUGCAUAAGUAGUACACAGCUACUUCAGACAUCACCUAGGCAGAGUUGUUUGUUUCUCAGGUUUUGCUGAGUCUUCUUGAAACUCAGUCUGGUGAACAUAAAAAAGGGCUAGGAGAGUUCACUGAAAAAUAGCAAUAUCUUUGUUACCUGGACUAUUAAAAAAUGUGGCCUGUGGAAUUUUGUAAUUUCAGUUACAUUGUGAAUAAAUAAAGAUAAGAGCUGGUCAAGAGACAUGAAUUCUUAACAUGAAACCAUGAAAACCAGUGCAGUUGCUGCAAUGAAAGUUGCUACAAUAAUAUGAUAAAAUUAAUCUGACCACUGGAAAUUCUGGCACCUGCACACAUGCACAGGUUUUUUUCUGAAGAUACUAGGAAAGACAAGUUUGCUAGUCAGGAUCAUGACGGGGGUUGGAACUAGAUGAUCUGAAAGUCCUUUCCAACCCUAACUGUUCUAUGAUUGUAUGUAGCUCCAGGUGUACCAGAUUACACUUGAUCUAUUCAGUAUUUGCUGUCUUACGAAUAACAUCUUGGACAGCUGCACAAAGACAGAGACUUUACCAAAUUUGUAGCGCAUAAGUGAAACUUCACUUUUCAUGCCUGAUAGCUGCACUGAGGGUAGAAAUACAGCAAUAAGGCAAAUCAUCCAGCAAGGAACAUAUGUGCAAGCAAAGCUGGAAGAAGGUGACUGUCUUCCAUGAGAAUAAUCUAUAUAUGUAUGCCAGUUCUGGUCUGAAAUGGCCUUUGCAGAAUAGUGGUCAUGGUUUCUGGCUGGCCCAAACUAAUCACACAUUCAGAAAUGUGCUUUUGUGUCCUUACCAUUGAUUCACCCUACAUUUCAUGAGUGAGUAAAUCAAUAAAUGUGCUUUGUAAUUAA